GUGAUAGGGGCUGCCUGCUUGAGUCUUAAUGUAUAGUCUUAGUCGACUCCUCCUUCUCGAUUACUCACAUGCAUCUUUCUUGGCAAAGAGAAAAAAAAUACUAAAGGAAACAGCUUCUCUCAGACCUCCAACAGGAUCCAAAAGCAACAAAAAUUUAAAUUGCUAACGAGUUAUAGCUUUUUUGUUGUUGUUAAAAAGCAUAGGCUACAUGUAGAUUUUCAUAACAUCAAUGCUGUUUUAACACCAACUUGGACAGUGUAUUUUAGUUAUGUGACAAACUGAAGAGGACGCAGCUACAUGGAGAUGCACGCGCCUACAAUCUCAGACGCUGUUGUGUUCUUGAUUUUUUUCUAUUCCUUCGAUUCGUGUGGAAAUCAUUUUAGUGUUACAGUGAUGCAGGAGUAGAGGAUUCCAAUAAAAGUAGCGACAGUGUCCAUUGGUCGAGUUAGUAUUGGUCAGCGAAGGACUAAUUCAUUCGUUUACUAAUGCCCUGCAAAAUGUUUUAAUCCAAAUUCCCCUGAAGAAAUAGGAGGGACCAGUAGCAGACCCAUGCAACGGGGCUUCGAUAGUUGGUAUGUUUUUAAUUCCUUAGGAAUUAUUUAGCAAAUGGCAUUUCUUCUCGCAUGAUAAUGGAAUAAUAUAUUGGUAUGCUGCAUAUAAUUAAUUAGCAUUAGUAAAACGACGGAUUCCGUCACUUUAAUUACUGAAUUAUAGCCUAUGAGAGAGAGAUGCAGAGAUUCGGAUGAUGAUUUCCAUUGGCAGAUGAUAGUGUGGAGAACACGUGUCCAUUUUUGCCUCACAUUUUUUUUCUGACCCGGAAUUCUUACAUGUCACACCAAGAAGGGAAAUAAUCUGACUGCCAAUGCACGGGCUAGGUUUGCGUCUUAUGGAAAUCUUUGGUUGCAGAUCUGAGGAAAACACGUAUAAUAUCAUCCCCUCUGCGGCAACGAUGCUUUUCCACGGACUCCCUGGAGGCGACAUGCACGGUGUUGUGGAAGAAAUGGAGCGGAGAGGAAAGAGCGAAUCCGCAGCUAUCAGUUCGGCCAUAGACAUGGGAGAAUCUGAAACGAACAUGCAGUGCAUGAACAGUGACAGGGUGGCUCUGUGCGCGGGCUGCGGUGGGAAGAUAGCUGACCGCUACUACCUGCUCGCGGUAGACAAACAAUGGCACAUGCGCUGUCUCAAGUGCUGCGAGUGUAAACUCAACCUGGAGUCCGAGCUCACCUGCUUCAGUAAAGACGGAAGCAUCUACUGCAAGGAAGAUUAUUACAGAAGGUUUUCGGUCCAGAGAUGUGCCCGGUGCCACCUCGGGAUCUCGGCCUCAGAGAUGGUGAUGCGGGCCAGGGACUUGGUGUACCACUUGAACUGUUUCACCUGCACAUCCUGCAACAAGAUGCUAACGACUGGGGACCACUUUGGCAUGAAAGACAGUCUGGUCUACUGUCGGCUGCACUUUGAAAAUCUCAUACAGGGGGAAUAUCAGACACAUUUCAAUCAUGCGGAUGUAGCCUCUCACAAAGGACUGGGACCUGCCAACGCUUUGGGACUAUCCUACUUCAACGGCGUGGGGACUGUGCAGAAAGGGCGGCCCAGGAAAAGGAAAAGUCCCGGGCCAGGAGCAGAUUUAGCAGCCUAUAAUGCCGCACUCAGCUGUAAUGAGAACGACGGAGACUCUAUGGACAGGGACUCCUACAGCUCCAGUCAGAAGACCAAGCGCAUGCGGACCUCCUUCAAACACCACCAGCUGAGGACCAUGAAGUCCUACUUUGCCAUCAACCACAACCCAGACGCCAAGGACCUGAAGCAGCUGGCCCAGAAGACUGGCCUCACCAAGCGUGUACUACAGGUCUGGUUCCAGAAUGCUCGGGCCAAGUUCCGGCGGAACCUGAUGAGACAGGAGAACACGGGCGUGGACAAGACCUCAGACGGCUCCACCCUGCAGGGGGGCACACCCUCUGGCCCCGCCUCAGAGGCCUCAAUGAGCCCCUCCAGCACACCCACGACCCUGACGGACCUGACCAACCCCACCAUGCCCACCGUCACCUCUGUGUUAACCUCUGUGUCUGUCAGCAUGGAUGUUCACGAGUGCAGGAGCCCAUCGCAGACCACCCUGACCAGCCUGUUCUGACGCCCCCUCACAGACUGCCCCCUUCAGCUUCCUCUGAUGCCCCCAACCCUUUAA